UCAAUAUUUAUACUUGUAUGUUUCAUAAUUAAAGUAAACUAAAUGUUGAGUCUUGCUUUUAUAUAACGAACAAUACAUAUUAAUUUUUCAGCCCUUGAACAAAUAUUUUUUAUCCACCCAUUUAGAAAAGCGUUCUAAUUUAGAAAUGCACAUGUACAUGUAGGUUCUCUGAAAGCUUGAACUUUUAAUUAACUAAUAAAUUUUUAUUGAAAUAUAUGUCGAUACCCUUUGCUAACGUCAAAGUAAAGAGAAAAAACCUGGUGUUUGUUCUUUGUUCUUUAAAUUGUGACCUCAAACAAAAAUCUAAUGAUUUAGAAUAUAUAUGUAGCCAAAUGUUUGUUAAAGAACGUCGAACUCUUAAUUUAUAUAAGCUCUGACUGAUCGAUGAAUCUCAAUUGGAAGUAAAUUAACAGCAAUCAUUAAAUAAAAAAGAGUAAUGGAGGAGAAAAACUAACAACAUGUUUACAUUUAAUUUCAUAAUGAACACCUAUCGUUUUUAAGGCAAGGUUCAUACCUUUAAUUAAAUAAUUGCUAGUUCAGCCAAAACACCGACGACAAAGAGCAGCUUAAUUAUUUAGUUUUUCCAUUAGCAUCAGAUUAAUGUCCCAAUAUGGAUGUUAAAUGUGCAAUAUGCCUGCUGUGUCUCCUGCAUCUGAAUUUGGGGGUUGAUGAAGUCAUCGUCACUUCUAGCGGGCGUCGCUGGCCCUGGGACAUAGCACAGACCCUGACCAUCAGGGGCCGGAAACAGUGUACCCGGGAGUGUCAGAUCAGGGGGUCGGCAUGCCUCGCCGUGAACUAUAAAACAAGAAGCCUGCUUUGUGAAAUUCUGGGAAGUAUUCCUAACAAUUUAACAGAACUGACCACUGACGUCACUUACGAUUACAUUGCAAUGUCCUCUCAAACAUCGGUUUUUUCAGCCGCAGUGUGUGACAGUGAAUGUUCAUCAACUGCAGGACACUGUUUACAGCUAUCAUCUGGGAUAAACUACUGCAGAAAAAAGAAUCCGAAAUGUCCGACAAACUACCGAUUCUCAGCUGCCCUGAAUUUUUGCUAUCUCGCCGUCACCACACCAGCAGACUUUCUUACCGCCAAAGCACACUGUGAAAGCUUACAUUCAAGGUUGGCGGUUCUUCCAACAAUGGGAUAUGUUGACUAUAUUAAAGCAGGUAUGAUUGUUAAAAUAAUUAUUUAAUCUUAAUUACAUGUU